GGGAGGGAAACGGGGGAGGGGGAGAGAGGAGGGUUGUGCAGCCAUGAACAUCAAGCAAUUCCUCGGCCGCCUCCCUCGCAAACCCUCCUCCUUCUCCUUCGAGCCGCUUUCAGCCUUCCGCGACGUCCCCUCCUCCGACCGGCCGGCCCUCUUCCUGCAGAAGCUCUCCCUCUGCUCCGCCGUCUUCGACCUCUCCUCCGCCCCCACUCCCCACAACGACGUCAAGCUCCAGACUCUUCUCGAACUCGUCGACUACCUCGGCCCCGCCGGCAGCAGCGCCAAAUUCAGCGAGGCCGCCGUCCAGUCCGCCGUCCGCAUGGUCGCCGCCAACAUCUUCCGCCCCCUCCCUCCGUCCUCCUCCGCCUCCGCCGCCGACAGCCCUCUAGAGCCCUGUAUUGGCAUUGGCGCCGACGAUGAUUUCGAGCCCUUUCUCGACCCGGCCUGGCCCCACCUCCAGGCCGUCUACGAAUUCUUCCUCCGAUUCGUCGCAUCCCCGCAGACCGACCCCAAGAUCGCCAAGCGCUACGUCGACCACGCCUUCGUCCGCCGCCUCCUCGACCUCUUCGACUCCGAGGACCCGCGCGAGCGCGAGUACCUCAAAACGAUCCUCCACCGCGUCUACGGUAAAUUCAUGGUGCACCGCCCCUUCAUCCGCCGCGCCGUCGCCGACGUGCUCUGUCGCUUCGUCUUCGAGACGGAGCGGCACAACGGGGUCGCCGAGCUGCUGGAGGUCCUCGGCAGCGUGAUCAGCGGCUUCGCGCUGCCGCUCAAGGAGGAGCACAAGCUGUUCCUGGCCCGCGCGCUCGUGCCGCUCCACCGCCCGCGCUGCGUCGCCGCGUACCACCAGCAGCUGGCCCGCUGCGUCGCGCAGUUCGUCGAGAAGGACUGCAAGCUCGCGGACGCGGUGAUCGCGGGGAUCCUCAGGUACUGGCCUGUCACGAACAGCGCGAAGGAGGUGCUGCUCCUUGGAGAGCUCGAGGAGGUUCUCGAGGCCACGCAGCCGCCCGAGUUCCUCUGCUGCGCGAUCCCCUUGUUCCGGCAGAUCGGGCGGUGCAUAAACAGCUCGCAUUUCCAGGUAGCGGAGCGAACUCUAUUCUUAUGGAACAACGACCAUGUUCGGGACCUCAUCAUUCAAAACCGCAAAGUCAUACUCCCGAUAAUCUUUCCGUCUUUGGAAAGGAAUAUAAGGAGUCACUGGAACCCAGCCGUCCAAAGUCUAACCCUAAACGUGCGGAAGCUCUUUCUCGACGCCGACCGCGAGCUUUUCAAAGAAUGCUCGGUUAGAUUCCAAGAGGACGAAGCCAGAGAAGACGAAGUACGAAAGAAGAGGGAAUUCAUUUGGAAGCGGUUAGAAGAAGUUGCCGCAUCGAAAGCGGUUAGUAACGAGCCCGUUCUAGUCUUUCGAUUCGCCUCUUCCCGUAGCCUGGGCAAGUCGAGCCCGAGAGCAAAAUCAUGAUUCGGCGGAGGUGCGUAUGGGACUGUUUCAUUAUACAUAGGUCCAUUCCUUUGUUUUUUUCCGUUUCUUUUAGUCGUAUUCAUCGUGCUCGAAGAAGAGUGGCGUUUUGGGGCGCUUCUCAGGAUAGGCCAUCAAAAGACGCAUGUAUACAAUCACAAAUUAUUACAGAGACGGGUAAAUUAAACCGACGGUCGCUGAAUUUGUUUUGUAGGUUUCACUUACAUCUCCGAACUUCACUUUGUUUCAGUUGAGGCCUUGAGGUUCGAAAACUAUUUCAAUAGGAUGAGUUCAGAAAUCGACGUUCAGUGCCCGAAUCGAAACUAUAACUGAGGUUCGGAGACGGAAGUGAAACUUAACUGUAAGUUCAGUGACCAAUAAGCGUAAAUUUACCCUCACAGAGUUGAUGCUUUUGCCGAUUCGUUGUAUUGUUUUCCUGUUAUAUUUAUUACCAGCAUACAUGCAUAUGCAGUAUUUUGGGAGUGAUUCGAAAACUCGUCGGCGUCGGCUCGACAAUGUUAUGCUGUUAGUAGUUCUGCAUUGCAGGUUUUGUAUGAGUAUCAGCAUUUGCUUUUCUCUUA